UCGGAGCGCACCGGUGUGACUCACCUCGUACAUGCGUGGCACAUGCAGGGCCAUCAUACCAGCAAGAGUCCUUUGAAGCCUUCAGCGGACAUGAUAAGGAACGCCCAAGUUACGCAAGCAGUGCAAUGGUACCUUGCGUACACUCGGCCGCUUGCCCUGAGCUUGGAAGAAAUGUUUAAAGUAUCAUGGCCUGCAUACUACGAAAGGUACCGAGCGGCCUUCGAAGCAGGUGUAUGGGUUGAAGACGAUCCUGGACCAUGGCUAGGGAGGGCCAUUGUGUGGAAGUUACAGGUUCUUCCGCAUCGCGAUGGCCUGGAUGGUGGGCCUACUGCCAUAUUCUGUCUUGGGAGCUUCAGUGGUGGCGAGUGUUAUUUGCCAGAUUUAAAUCUCAAACUUCAGUAUCGCCCUGGGGAUGUCUUAAUUUUUCUUUCAGGUGAUUUAUAUCAUGCGGUUGGAGAGUGGAAAGCAACACCAGGAGUUUCUGCUCGAGGUAUCACACCGGGGCGCAUCGGCAAUGUGUUUUUUACCCCCGCCGAUUCCCUGCGUGCUUUGGAAAACCGGCCUCCUAGGUGGUCC